AUUUACUACAAGUUUAAUUUUUCUAUACCUAAUAAUUGGAAUUCUAAAUUUAACUUUUAUCUGUAAAGACAUUAUAUACAAUAUACGGAUUAACAAAUAUAUCCAAUCUUUGAAUCUUAUAAUGGAUUACAUGAAGAAAGGUGGAUUAUUGUACGAUAACGCCGACUUUGAGGCCAGUGAACUGUUUCAUGGUCAACCUGUCAUACGAUCGGGAAAGCAGAAAAAAUCUUCCAAAACAACAAAUCUAUCAACUUCUAAAAGUACAAAUAAACCACGCAAGAAAAGAGGUCGGUAUCACAAAACCAUCCAAACCCCCAAGAGAAAUAUUGACGAUGGAAAUUCAGACGAUGACCCGACUUUUGACCCCAAUUUUGGCUUCGACUCAGAUCUGGAAGAAGGAUGUAGACGAAGAAAACCUAGACUAAGAAAAAGAGAUAUCAAUGUUGAUGUGAAGAGAUUUGAUGCAGAACGUGGAAUCUUCUAUAAGCCAAACACAGCUGAAGUUGGGGGUUUCAUUAUACUGAGAGGUCAACCAUCAGUGUCUAAUGUACGAGAUGUUGGUUUAAACAAACAAAGUGAAAGUCAGCAAUAUCAUAGUAGUGAUGAUGGUGUGUUGGCUUGUGGUUUGACUUCAACAGAAUCUGUGAAGCAAUCUUUAGAUGAUGAUAAUAUUGAUAUCUGUGGUGGGCAACCUGUUUUGAAACCGACUGCCUUUUGCUAUGAAGAGAAUGUUCAUUCUCAAAAUAAAUUUGUAAAAGAGAAAACUAAUGAGAAAGAUGAGUUUGUUGCUCACAUUGGUAAUAUUGUUAAACUUUAUUCGAUUGCAUCUCAUGGUGGUUUGAAAAUCUACAGAAAAGUUCAAGAGUUAGACAAACUUUACAUUAAACAGUAUAAUCAGAUUGGGGCAACAAAGAAUUUUAAAGAAACGUCACACAUUGAAACUUUUGUUGAGUCAAAUUACGUUGCUGUAGAAAUACAACAACAAACUGGUGAUGUUGUGCAAUUGGUUUCACCAGAUUUUAAUCCUGACCUUCCAAGGAAGCUUGAGUUGUCCAGAGGUAUUCAUACAAGAGGAAAAUGCAAAAGUAAGUCUGAUGAAAGUUUGGAUAACGAAGGACAAGCAAGUGACGUUUUACGAAUUAAUUCAUUCAAACGUUGUCGCCCACGAAAAGCAAGUUUACAGACAUUGUAUGAGGAACAUGUAACACUUUCAACAUAUUCUCAACGUUCAACUUGUGUUGCAUUUAAACAACUUAUACAGAAACUCCUUGUUGCAAUAACUGAUCCCGAAUGUUUAUCUCUUCAUUCACAAGAUAAUAGCUGUGAAGUUGCAAUUAUACUUAACAAACUGAAGAAACGUUUAAUAAAUGGUAUUCUGGUCUCACAAGAAUUUCUUGAUGAAGUCGAGCGUCGUCCUUGUAUGUUUCAACGCGCCGGUGGUGGAGGGAAUCUUUGUGAGGCGUUGCAAGAUAAUUGUGAUGUCAUAGCUGAUAGGAUCGUCACGUUAUCUGGCUCACCUUAUAGUACAAACACUCUGCUUCAAGAACAAGAUGAACCAGAUCAAAAAUACUUUGUUAGCAAUCAGUUUGGUGACAAAUGCAAAGCCUACCAUACUUUACACCAUUAUAAAUAUCAUUUAUUUGAACAUUGUAAAGACAAGUAUAAUAACAUCACCAGAGAGAAAGUUGUUACAAUUCCUCAAGUUCAUGAUGAUCACCUUCACGUGACUGUUGAUCAUGAUUCAUGUGAAGAAUCUCCACCUCAACAAAAAUGUUGCAAAGAUCACGUUGAUGAGGAGAAAAUUAUAAUCCCAUCUGCAACCAUAACUUCAAAUCAAAUGGUUAAGAAUACACCCAAUGAAGAGAAUACCAAACAUUCAGCAGAUAUCCAUGUAGCUGAAACUAUUGAUCCGAGUAAACCAAAAGCAGACAGAUGUUCAGGUAUACGUUCAAGGGUUUAUGAAUGUUUAGAGGAUGAUGCCUGGGUAAAUAAGCUUUACAAUCACUGGAUUGGAAUCUUUACUUGGAUAUCUCAGAUUUUACAAGAAGAUAAACUUCGCACUUAUUAUGACUUUUAAAAUUUUUAAGUUUCAAUUAGUUUGUCUUUUGUUAACCCACCAUUUAAACAUUCAUGUAAUAAAUAUUACAUUUACAUGUAAAUUUUUAUGUGGACCGGUUAA